AUGCGUCACUUCAUCCUGGCAGCGCUGCUGUUGAGCAGAACCGUGCUAAGCGCCGUAGACACCGCAGGAAGCGGCAUCCAGCCGCCGGCGCCCAAGCCAUGGUUUGAUCAGCACGCAAGCAUGGUGAAGCACACGUACCUGCACCCCGAGACAGGCGACGAGCACCAGAUCAUGUUCCACGAGUCGAUCCAGUUUGACCCGGUCCCGCGCGGCCUCACCCCGCAGCCCGAUGACACGAGCCCGUACCUUGAACAUCCAACCACGGACAACAACCCCAAGAACUUCCAGUGCGACAUGGACGCGGCCAGGUUCGAGAACCUCACGGGUAUGCCUGGCGACGGCGACGCGUACGUGCAGAACUGCCAGGACAUCCUCAACUGGAUGGCGCCUCACACUGCCCUGUGGAGCCUGAAUGGCGACGUUUUUCACCAAGUCAGGGAGGGCGAGUACAUCGAGCUUGUGCGCAAAGACAACUGCACCUUUGGGAUCUUCCGGAUCGACUUUGAGCACGAGUGGGUGGGAAUCCACACGGCAGACGUCACCUACAUCAUAAACAAGGUCCUCAGCCUGGGGCUGGGCUUCUUGUCCCUGACGAAGCCGGCGAAGGUAGAGGCAGAUGGGUUCAUGUUCUGCAACACCGAUCAGCCGAUUGGUUGGGGUCUGUACAACAGCAAUGCGCUGGACAAUGAUCAGAUUGACUGA